ACACUCAAAACCAUAAAAGAUAUCGAGUGAAACGAUGUCAUUGGAAACAAAGAACACUAAGCGUGAUCUAUUGUACGGGAUUGACGCUCCAACUAGGACAACAAUUCCAAUCAAAGAUUUGGCUAAUGCUAAGCCAACUAAGACACAAGAGAAAGAUCUCUCCGAAGAACAUCCUCUCAACAAAAUGGGAAGGGAUAAAGGAUGGAAAAGGAGACUGAGGAAGCACGAUGUCUUGAUGCAGGAGAUGAGCUCAUACACACGAGCAACUUCACGGCGGCUGGCGGAGGAGAGAGGAGCAGAGGAGGGCGGAAGAGAUGUGAAUAGAUCUUCAGUGAAGAACCGGAACAAACUUCAAACCAACCACGACCAGAGAGACAGCAAGAGAAGAGUCAUUGGAAUCAGCUCUUCGGAACCACCCAAAGGCGAGACUUACGACAUCAAACUCUGUCAAAAGAGGAUCCGUGAGGAGGCCGGAAAAGCGCAAAGCGACGGUAACCGGUAGCAGAAAACAUAAGAGAAAGGUAAGGAAGCAAAUAGCAGAACCAAAAGUCCGACGCCGGCGAGCCACAACUUUAUCGGCGUCGGAAAAGAAAUGCGAAAUACAAGU